AUGUGCGGCGGAAUGUCAAAACUGGUCAAGCUUCUUGCCAAACGCGGUUAUUCAAGGUCGCUAAGGCGCUUUGUUUGAAAAGGUAUAAACUUUGGGUUUCAGGCUAGCUCUUCAGUCGGAAAUUGUCACGGAGGACAUGCUUGACGAGAUGUUCCCUGAGGUGGACACGAAAAUGAAUUCACAUAAUCAUCAUCAUUCAAAAUUCGACAGAACGGACCGGUGCAUACCGACCUAUGGUAAUUAGCUCUAUGGAUUGGGACCAGAUGGGGGCAUCACAUUCCUUUUCCAGCAGAUGGCAAACCGUUUGACACCACGCCGACGCUGGUCGCGUCUUGCAACUAA